AAUAUAGUCUCAGUGGUAACCGGUACGGAAUCUCCAUUUCUGGAGGUCUGAAGUUCGAAGUUUUACUUCAGCAAUUUUUGCCAAAAACCCUUCAUCAGCCUCUAAACCCCACAGUCUCUCUCGCUCUCCGCUUUCUGCCUCUGCAUCUUCUCUCAACCAUAUUUUAUUGUUUUCGUAUCAUAUCAUUAUUAUUGUUCUGUACAGACGCAUUCAUCAUCUUCCUAAACGUUCAAUUCUUGGCAGAGUUGAGCAGAGAUGCAGAUGCAGCAGCAACAAAAAUCUAAAGACAUUGUUUUCACAAAGCGGCCUUAUAUUGAGGAUCCGGGGCCGCGCAGAAUUAAAAGCAUUGAAUUCUCUGUGUUAUCGGAUUCUGAGAUUAGCAAAGCUGCGGAAGUGCAGGUAUGGCAAGGUGCCUACUAUGACAGCAACACCCGUCCCAUUGAAGGUGGCUUGUUGGAUCCCCGUAUGGGUCCUGCAAAUAAAAGUGGUAGAUGUGCAACCUGCCAUGGAAGUUUUGGGGAAUGUCCGGGCCAUUAUGGAUACCUGACGCUUGCCCUUCCUGUUUACAAUGUUGGAUUUUUAAGUACAAUCUUAGACAUUUUGAAGUGCGUUUGUAAGUCAUGUUCUCGGAUACUCUUGGAUGAAAAACCACGGAAAAGCUUUCUGAAGAAAAUGAGGAGUCCCAAGAUAGAUGCUCUAAGGAAGAAGGCCUUACUGAAAGAUAUUGUAAAGACGUGUAAUAAACCCUUGAAGUGCCCGAGAUGUGGAUUUUCGAAUGGUAAGGUGAAGAAAGCAACAGGUACACUGGGCAUUCAACAUGAGCGGUCAAGACUUAAUGACAGCGAAGAAUGUAGAUCAGCAAUUUCACAUACAAAAGAGUCUAAGGCAACCUUCAGUAUUUCUAAUAUACUGAAUCCAGUUACAGUUCGUUCUCUUUUUAAAAGGAUGACCGAUGAGGAUUGUGAGUUACUUUACCUUUCAGAUAGGCCUGAGAAGUUCAUUAUUACAAACAUUGCUGUGCCACCUAUACCUAUUAGACCGUCAGUCAUGAUGGAUGGAUCAAUGAGCAAUGAAAAUGACAUUACUGAGAGGUUAAAACGAAUCAUUCAGACAAACACUAGUCUUCGCCAAGAGCUACAAGAAACAAGUGCCACAUUCAAAUCUCUGGGUGGUUGGGAGAUGCUUCAAGUUGAGGUUGCACAGUAUAUAAACAGUGAUGUACGUGGUGUUCCAUUCAGUAUGCAAGUUUCAAAGCCACUUAGUGGUUUUGUUCAACGUCUCAAAGGGAAGCAGGGACGAUUUCGUGGGAACUUAUCUGGAAAGCGUGUUGAAUAUACUGGCCGGACUGUCAUAUCUCCUGAUCCCAAUCUGAAAAUUAAUGAGGUAGCAAUCCCUAUCCGCAUGGCUCGGAUUUUAACUUAUCCAGAACGUGUUUCCAGUCACAAUAUAGAAAAAUUAAGGCAAUGUGUACGUAAUGGCCCAGAUAAAUACCCCGGUGCAAGGAUGGUCAGAUAUCCAGAUGGUUCAGCAAGGCUCUUGGUAGGUGAUUACAGAAAGCGCAUUGCUGAUGAACUAAAAUUUGGUUGUAUGGUUGAUCGCCAUUUGGAAGAUGGAGACAUUGUUCUCUUCAACAGACAACCAAGCUUGCAUCGAAUGUCUAUCAUGUGUCAUAGGGCAAGAAUUAUGCCAUGGAGAACAUUGAGAUUCAACGAGUCUGUUUGUAAUCCAUAUAAUGCUGAUUUUGAUGGUGAUGAAAUGAAUAUGCAUGUUCCCCAAACAGAAGAGGCUCGAACAGAGGCACUUAUGUUGAUGGGAGUGCAAAACAAUCUCUGUACACCAAAAAAUGGGGAAAUCCUCGUUGCCUCCACUCAAGAUUUUUUAACAUCUUCCUUUCUCAUAACAAGGAAGGAUACUUUCUAUGACCGGGCAACCUUUUCACUUAUGUGUUCCUAUAUGGGUGAUAGCAUGGACCCCAUAGAUCUGCCAACACCAGCAAUACUUAAGCCAGUAGAACUCUGGACUGGUAAGCAAUUAUUCAGUGUUCUGCUGCGUCCUCAUGCAAGUGUGAGGGUCUACUUAAAUUGUACAGUUAAGGAGCGAACCUACUCCAAGAAGAUCAUUAAAAGCAUUGGAGGUGAAGAAAUAGAAGUAGAAACAAUGUGCCCUAAUGAUGGAUUUGUAUACUUCCGGAAUAGUGAGCUGAUGUGUGGCCAACUGGGGAAGGCUACUUUAGGGAAUGGCAACAAAGAUGGACUUUAUUCUGUUCUUCUCAGAGACUACAACCCGCAUGCUGCUGCUGCUUGCAUGAAUCGGCUUGCAAAACUGAGUGCACGAUGGAUUGGAAAUCAUGGCUUCUCAAUUGGGAUUGAUGACGUCCAACCACAAAAAACUUUGACUGAUGAGAAAGCAAAUACAAUUUCAGGAGAUUAUAAAAAAUGUGAUGAACAAAUACAGAAGUUCAAUGAAGGAAAGCUUGAGCUGAAGCCUGGUUGUGAUGCUGCUCAAACAUUAGAGGCUAAUAUCACAGAAAUAUUGAAUCAAAUUCGAGAUAAAACUGGGAAGGUAUGCAUGAGAGAACUACAUUGGAGAAAUAGUCCAUUAAUCAUGUCACAAUGCGGUUCCAAAGGAUCUCCUAUCAAUAUUAGCCAAAUGAUUGCAUGUGUUGGCCAGCAGUCUGUUGGCGGUCGUCGUGCACCUAAUGGAUUUAUAGAUCGUAGCCUUCCCCAUUUUCCUAGAAAAUCAAAAACCCCUGCUGCUAAAGGCUUUGUUGCAAAUUCAUUUUAUAGUGGUUUGACAGCUACAGAAUUUUUCUUUCACACAAUGGGUGGGCGAGAAGGCCUUGUUGACACAGCGGUCAAAACCGCUGAUACAGGGUACAUGUCUCGUAGGCUGAUCAAGGCAUUGGAAGACUUGAAUGUUCAUUAUGAUAACACUGUACGCACUGCAGGUGGGUGUAUAGUUCAGUUCAUUUAUGGAGAUGAUGGCAUGGACCCUGCAUAUAUGGAGGGGAAGAAUGGAUUUCCUUUGAAUUUUAACAGAUUGUUAAUGAAAGUAAAGGCAACCUGUCCUCCUAGAGAACACAAAUAUUUGUCUCCUCAAGAGAUUUCAAAAUUUGUUGAAGAACAGCUGGGUAAACAUGGUCCUGCUGGGGUGUGCUCUGAAGCUUUCAUAAAAUCUCUGAGAGGCUUCCUUGAAAAGGAAAAGGACAAAUUAAAGAGGACGUUGGAGUCACUUGAAAAUUUUUCAGGGGAGAAUAAAUCAGAGAUUCUUGAAAAUAUUGGUCAUAAGAUUUCUGGCAUUACUGGCAAGCAGUUGGAGGUUUUUAUAAGAACCUGCCUGUCUCGUUAUCAUUCUAAAGUUGUUGAAGCUGGAACUGCCAUUGGAGCUAUUGGAGCUCAAAGUAUUGGUGAACCAGGGACGCAGAUGACACUAAAGACAUUUCAUUUUGCUGGAGUUGCCAGCAUGAAUAUAACCCAGGGAGUUCCUCGUAUUAAAGAAAUCAUAAAUGCAGCAAAAAAUAUAAGUACUCCCAUUAUUACUGCAGAACUUGAGGUCCCUGAUAAUGUCAACAAGGCUCGAAUGGUUAAAGGCCAAAUUGAGAAAACCGUUCUGGGGCAGGUUUCUAAGAGCAUCAAGAAUGUAAUGACUUCAAGAUCAGCAUCAAUAAGAAUAACACUCGACAUGGAAAGAAUUCAAAAGGCAGAAUUGCGUAUAGAUGCAUAUAGUGUAAAAGAAUCAAUUGUACAAUCUCCCAUUAAAAUAAAGUCUGAGAAUAUUGAAGUUAUUAGGGGUGGUAGAAAGUUAGAAGUUAAGCCAGACAAUUCCAGAAGCAAAAUCCAUUUUGAUCUCCAUUCUCUUAAAAAUCAACUUCCUCUGGUGGUAGUAAAGGGCAUAAAAACCGUUGAACGUGCUGUUAUUGCUGAGAAAAAGGAUGAGAAGAAGAAUCAAAACGCAAAAGAUGUGAAAAAGAAAUACCAGUUAUUAGUAGAAGGCAUGGGCCUUCGAGCAGUUAUGGGCAUUGAUGGAAUUGAUGGACGGAAGACAAUGAGUAACCAUGUCAUGGAAGUCCAGCAGAUACUAGGAAUUGAAGCUGCAAGAACGUGCAUAAUCAAUGAGAUAAAAGAAACCAUGGAGAAUCAUGGAAUGAGCAUAGACAUCCGCCACAUGAUGCUUUUAGCAGAUACAAUGACAUUUAGGGGUGAAGUUCUUGGAAUCAAUAGAUAUGGCAUCCAAAAAAUGGGUAAGAGUGUAUUGAUGUUAGCAUCAUUUGAGAGGACAUCUGAUCACCUUUUCAAUGCUUCUGUUCAUGGGAGAGUCGACGAGAUUGAGGGAGUUUCUGAAUGUAUCAUCAUGGGCAUCCCAAUGCAGAUGGGCACUGGAAUGCUUAAAGUUAUGCAGAAAGUUGAUGCACCUCCAAUGCUAAACUAUGGACCAGAUCCGAUUAUAUCUUGAGUUCUUUAACUCCGAAAGGAUUGUGAAACUGAGAUAUGUACAUUGCGCAUGGUGAUUGUGCAUCAGUGACUCCAAUCAGAAGUUGCCAGAAUCAGCAAAAAAAAAAAAAAAAAAGAAGAAGAAGAAAAACCACACCCAAUAUUCUUGAUGUACUGGGUUGCAGGCAUGACCUUGGCAUUUGAGUGUUUCAACUUUCACAACCCUACAAAACUCCCCUACUGUCAGGCAGACGAUUGAUACCUGUUAAUGUUCUCAAAAGAGAGCAAAUCAAACAUGUUGGUCUCACCCAAUUUGACAUUGUUAUGUUAUUUUCAACGGCCAGAGAGACGAGCUGUCCUGUAUAUAGCAUAAUUUUUCCAAGCAUUUCAUCAAUAGAAUAUCAUACAGGUC